AUUAUAACUGAACAUGUAUUCUUUUUGACAGCCAUGGCAGUGUUUGAUCAUCUUCGGCUUGUUUCUCUGGCCGUGUUGAUGCUGGUGUCUCAGCUGGACUUCACCAGUGCUGCUGUUCGAGUGUUUGGUUUACACGCCAGGGACCUCACCGGUGAUCCUGCUGGAAACAAACCUGAUCCAUACGUCAAGGUCUGGUGUGGCUCUACAUUUGGGGGCCAAACAGAAUUUCACAAAGAUACUGCUCAUCCUACAUGGUCAGCAGAGUUCUACUUCCCAAACUGCAAAGCAAGUGAAACCCUGAAGCUGGAGGUGUGGGACAAAGACCUGAAUUUUGAUGAUCACUUGGGCACAUGUACCGAACAGGUGCAAAAUGGGUCUUUCGCUCUUAAUUGUUAUCCGAAAAAAGGCACAUUGUUUUACAAGUAUGAGAUGUUACAAUAAAUCUGUUCCAACCAGUACUUUGUAAAGACAAACCUCUACUGUAACUAGCCAGGUAGUAAUAAAAAUCUAAAUUCUGUUUA